CAUGCACUGUAUACGAAGGUGACAUUUUCUACAUCUGCGACCUCUACAGCUGCAAAAGAUACCUUUACAGGCCAUGAAAUUUUCCAUCGCCUUGCGUGUAGCUGUUGCUGCCACUGUGAUGCUCAUAAUAAUCUACAUUACGUGGGAAACCAGAGUUGACAGUUUUAUCAUGUCUUUACCGGGGAGGCACACUGCCCGGCGAUUGGGAGAAAACACCGUUGGAAACAUACAGCGUAAGAGGAUGACUAUGUUAAAAGAUUACUGCAAAUUAAAAACCCUGAGAAGUCAGGACUUUCCACCGCGGAAUCGGUUUGUCGUCAAUGAGAAAUACAAACUCUUGUACUGCCAAGUCUUUAAAACUGGAAGCACGACGACUUUAACCAUUUUACACAAUCUUGAACACAAUGAGCAAAGGUCUACUCACGACAUGAGAGCAAAGCUCGAAGACCUACCUUUCAAACGCCUGACUGAUUACACUGAUGAGGAAGUUCGUUUGCGUUUAGAGACGUAUUCUAAGCUGCUGAUCGUCCGCAAUCCACUGGAAAGACUGGCGUCAGCAUGGCAAGAUAAGUUCAUCUUUGCCCCAUCAGAAUACUGGAGGGAGAAGUAUCAGUCUAUGUUGGAUACCUUGGCACAAAAUCCAUCAGAUAAACAUGCAACACAUAAAGCUACUGACAACAAGCAAUAUCCACAAGUUCCGUUCAAUGCAUUUAUCAAAGCAGUUGCGACAAACAGGACUGAGUGGGAGGAUCCCCAUUGGCAACUCAUAUCCGAUCUAUGCGCUCCGUGUUUAAUUAAGUAUGACUUUAUAGUGCACACGGAUACCAUUGCACAAGAUUUUCCGCUGUUCUUCGAAAAGGCCGCAAUAGUUGGUCGUGAUGACCUCUUGCCAGAGAACAGACAACAAAAAGCCGACAAGAUGUUCUGGGAGCUUUACAAGCAGAUUCCCAUGGAAGAUCUGCGACGGGUUGAACAGAAGUUUAAUGCGGAUUAUGAAAUGUUUGGAUUUAGCUUUAAUGAUGACAUCAACCGUUUAUUAGAUUAACGACAGUCGCUUUGAAUUUUUCAUAAAAUGUUGCCGUUUUAUUGUGUUUUUUUUUUCAUUGCGAAUGCCAGGCACUGCAAGGCUAUAAUUGAUAAGACUAUAAUCUAUUUAAUGCAUGAAUAUUUAGAAAUAAAAUAGCAAUAGAAAUUGUCUAUAGCCAUUAAUUAGUUACCGGUAUAAACAUGUCUACAAAGGGAUCUUUAUGUUAGUCCCAUUUUCUACCUGUACAACGUAUACUUUUCAUUAGCGCUUUUGUCAUGUAAAUCUACACUAGGCAAUUAUACGCUAUCCAAACUAAUUCAUCUAACAAGAUGGACAUCAACUACUAAGGAAAAUAUUAAGGAAACAAUUAUUGGAAACGUGAGGGAAAAAAACGUUCAUUGCGCCCGUCAAUGAUCAACAUUAUACAUGCCAACAUAAGUUCAUAAUAAACUCCCCGUAUUAAAACUAUGCAAACACCUGGCAUAAUAAGAAUGUCCAGGGGCCAACCCA